CGGCGAGAUGAUGGUGGGUGGAUGCGCGGGCCUGCGCCGUUCAGCUGGAGCCUGAGAAGAGUCGUGGGAGAGGAUGAGCUUCUUGAGGGCGGCGGUGCGGGGCUGCAGGUGGCAGCCAGCGCAGUUCUUGGCUCCUGUUGUGCCUUCGAGCUCUGGCCUGUGCAAGUUCUGCAGCUCCCUCCUGUCACGGCCCAGCAGCCUCCUGAUCCCAAGCUCCUCGGCGGGGCGGGCGGAAACCGGUGGCCUGAGCUCCUGGUUUUUCCCUUGGGGUCAGGGGCAGGUCCGGACGAAGAAGCGCGGCACUGAGUACCAACCAAAGACUAUCAAGAGGAUACGGACUCACGGCUGGCAGAAGCGCAUCAGCACAAGGGGCGGCAUCGAGGUGAUACUGCGCAGGAUGCUCAAGGGCCGGAAAUCGUUGACUCAUUGAGUGUCAUGUAAUUCUUGUAGACCUGAACCGACUAGGAACAGACGAGCUGAGAGAUUAUACUGCACUCUGAAUAUCUUUGUACAUAUUGUAUUAAACUCUUUGGGCUUA